AUGCAGAACAACACACCAUACUCUUACGAGAUGAGUUCGCGGCAGGACGAGUACUCAGGUUCCGACAGGGAGCGUCUGCAGGCAGACUCCCAAACCGAAUCCCAGCGCGGCCGGGCAGGCCACCCGUCGUCGACAGCACCGCAGACGCAAACCUCUGCCAACGGACUUGGCCUUUCAACAUACUGGGAGCAACCCUAUGCGCAGUCCAACAGCUCUGGUGGUCCCGAAUCCCCGAUUGACCCUUCGGCACUGCAAUUCGCCCUUCCGCCGGAUAUCAACCAACCCCCACCGAUACCGCGCUUGAACUCACCGUCUCUUGACUCUCUCGACCGGCCAUCGCCGUACUUCGACGAGGCCACGAACCCGGACUACUACGAGGAUAGGGUGCCGCUCACCUCUAGAGCACAGCCCAUAUCUGGGUCGCUCAGCGCAGACAUAGGGGAGGCUCAACGGAGAGACAGCUUUCAGACCGUAUCCGACAUCGACAACACCCCUUCAAGAACGCGAGAUGCCAGAUCGCUCGGCUACAAUUUGGAACCUGGUGGUCGGCGCCCGAGUUAUGGAGCAACACUCAGUCCUGGCGGGGAGCGUAGGCGCUCUCGCUCGCCCUCCACUGCCGGCGCACUCUACAGAGCAGGCUCAAUCAUGCGAGCCAUGUCGCAGCGUGUCGUCAACAUCAGCGGUGAGGGUGAGCUCGUGGACCAUAGGUUAUCAAGGAGCCGCUCUCCGUCGCCGGCGUCAGAUCGUCGCCAGCAGCUACACAACUCUGCUCAGAUGUUCACCGAUCCUUCUUACCACUCUCAUGCCUCCCAUGUCCCCGAGAAGGCCCCCGAGCCGGAGAACGUAUUCGCUGACCCCCCACCACCUAUUCAGCCACGAGUGCCAAUGGAGAAUCCGCUGAAGGGGAAGUCAUUGGGCAUCUUCCCUCCUGACCACCCGAUCCGAACCAAGCUCUGCGAUCUUCUAGUGCAUCCUUUCACUGAGCCCUUCAUUCUCGUACUCAUCAUACUACAAGCCAUCCUCCUGGCCAUAGAAUCAGCACCAGAUGUCUUUAUUCAUCCACGGCCCGCAACAUGGGGAGUCACAUGGAUUGACUGGGCAAUGCUAGUUCUCUUCAUCAUCUUCACCCUUGAGUUGAUCGCCCGCAUAUUGGUCUCAGGCUUCCUGUUGAAUGCCUCGGAGUACAGCACCAUUGAUCGCCAGAAGGGCGUACGAGCGGCGGUUGUCGACCAGUAUAGGAACAUCUUCCAACCUCAGCGACAGAAGUCCGUUAAGGCUCCGCGACAAAUCCAUCUUGGCCCCUCUGCCUUUCAGCGAUCAUUCACUAUCAUGCAAGGCCAAACACUACCCCAGACGGUCGAGGAGCAGCAGAGGUUCCAGCUCGCCCGCAGAGCGUUUCUGCGACACUCUUUCAACCGACUGGAUUUCCUUGCCGUGGUCGCCUACUGGAUCUCCUUCGCGCUUAGAAUCACCGGAAUUGAAAGCGAGAAACAUUUAUACGUAUUCCGGAUGAUUGCCUGCUUGCGCAUCUUGAGAUUGCUGGCUUUAACUAAUGGAACGGCGAUAAUUCUGAGAAGUCUAAAGAAGGCAGCGCCGCUGCUUGUCCGAGUAGCUUUCCUCAUCGCCUUCUUUUGGAUUUUGUUUGCCAUCAUAGGAGUGCAAAGCUUCAAAGCUAGUUUGAGUCGCCAGUGUGUUUGGCUUGACCCGACAGACCCAACCAACAAGGAGAAGUCAUUCACGAAUGAAAUGCAAUUCUGCGGGGGUUACCUCGAUAACGUGACGGGGAAAAGCAUGCCUUGGGUUCUCAUGUCAGACGACAAUGUCCUGGACAAUUUCAGAAACGGGAGCAAAACUGGCAAAGGCUUCCUUUGCCCCCGUGGCUCGAUUUGCCUACAACAAGGCAACCCAUACAACGGCACAGUCAGCUUCGACAACAUUGCCCAAUCGCUGGAGAUGGUUUUUGUUAUCAUCAGUUCCAACACUUUCAGCGAUGUCAUGUACUACACGACCAACUCCGACUACCUGCCUGCCGCUCUCUUCUUCGGCGCGGGCAUCAUGAUCCUUAUGUUGUGGCUCGUGAACUUGCUUAUUGCUGUUAUUACAUCCUCUUUCCAGGUUAUUAGGGAAGAGAGCAGGGCGAGUGCGUUUACAGCGACAGAGGAGCCGCUGAUAUCCGAAUCCGUGGAUGAACCACCCCCAAAAGUGUCUUCGCUGCAGCGAAUAUGUGACAAGACAUCGGUAAUCUGGAAUGCUCUCAUUGCUUUCGGCUUGUUGGCUCAAUGCUUCAGGAGCUCCAGAAUGUCGGAUAGUCGUGGACGUUUUAUUGACUCUGUCGAAGUUGCUGUCACACUCUUGUUGGAUGUUGAGAUUAUCCUCCGCAUUGCUGCUGGCUGGCGCACUUUCCACAGGAGCAAACGCAAUCUCAUCGACCUGGGUCUCGCGGUGAUCACAACUAUCAUUCUAAUACCGACAAUCCGCAACUCCGGAGAGACCUACGCCUGGUUGACGGUCUUCCAGAUUGUGCGAGUCUACCGCCUCGUUUUGGCUGUGCCGAUGACCAGGAAGCUGAUUGUCAUGGUCCUUGGAAAUUCCAACGGUAUUGCGAACCUGAUGCUUUUUGUGUUUCUCAUUGCGUUUCUCAUGGCCAUUCUCGCAGCUCAACUUUUCAGGGGCGAAAUACCGAAGCAUAACGACGAUGGCGACCUCAAUGAGGUCUCCUUCUUCACCAUCUAUAACUCAUUUCUCGGCAUGUAUCAGAUCUUGUCGAGCGAGAACUGGACCGGGAUACUUUACAACGUUACUUCUCAUAUGAAUGAACACGACACGGGCUGGAUUGGCGCAGUUUUCUUGGUUGGCUGGUUCAUUUUGUCAUUCUUGAUUCUCGUCAACAUGUUCAUUGCUGUCAUCCAAGAAAACUUUGACGUAUCAGAAGACGAGAAGCGCCUCGAGCAGGUCAAGGCUUUCCUACAAAGGAAAGAAUUGGGCAAAUCAUCCAGCAGCCUUACUUUGUCAAACAUCUUUACUUUUGGCAAAGCGAGACGGAGAAAAGACCCCCUGGAUUACGGACCUGCCAUGAUGGAAAUGCUUCUGAAGGACGCUGUGGUUCACGAGUUUCUUGACGACGCCGCCGACGUACCGCAGGACAGUCCUAACGAAGAACAGUCGCCUACAAGAGCUCAAACCCACCAUGUCGGCGAAGUCAGACCUGGCUUCUUGUCGUCCAUGUGGGGGAAGUUCAAGUCAGCGUUCAGCAGCAAAGACCCAAACCCGUUUUACUCGAACAUCCGCUUCGACGGACCAAACGACACUCUUGACCCCCGCCAAAUGGCACGACAAGCCGUAUCGGCUACGUCUGCACGCAAGAAAGCCCAGCGUGAUUAUCUUGCGAGGCACCCCAACUACAACAACUCCCUGUUCGUUUUCACACCUAAUAACCCUAUUCGGCGGUUCUGCCAACGAAUCGUGGGGCCGGGCAGAGGAAAUGAGCGGUUUGAGGGCGUCGAGCCGAAUAAGAUUGCCUGGUACGCUUCUUCUGCGUUCAUUUACGCGUGUAUCGUCGCCAUGGUCGUCAUUGCAUGUGUCACAACACCACUUUACCAGAAGCAAUAUCAGGCAGAUCACCCCGAGUUCAGCAUAACAUUUUGGUAUGUCUGGACAGAUCUGGCUUUCGCCAUUGUCUUCUCAGUUGAAGCUGUUAUCAAGGUCAUCGCCGAUGGCUUCUUCUUCACGCCCAACGCCUACUACCGCAGCUCGUGGGGCUUCAUUGACGGCAUCGUCCUCAUCACCUUGCUGGUCAAUGUCGGCACUCUGCUCGCUAACGAUGGCGCUGUUUCUAGAGCCAUCGGAGCUUUCAAGGCGCUUCGUGCUCUGCGCCUGCUCAAUGUCAGUGACAGCGCCAGGGACACUUUCCACUCGCUCAUCAUUGUGGGCGGCUGGAAGAUCCUUAGUGCUGCAUUUGUCUCUAUAUCGCUGCUGAUCCCCUUCGCUAUAUAUGGGCUCAACCUCUUCAACGGCCAAAUGGUGUCCUGCAACGAUGGCGACGACUCAAUCGUGCGCAUUUCCGACUGCUUUGGCGAGUACAACAGUACACCCUUCAAUGAUGACUGGCCAAUGUUGGCGCCUCGCGUUCCAGCCAACGCCUAUUUCAGCUUCGAUGACUUUGCGUCUUCCCUGUUCAUUCUCUUCCAGAUCGUCAGCCAGGAAGGAUGGACUGAUGUCAUGUUUGCUGCGCAGGCAGUUACGGGGCGUGGACUCCAACCAAAGGAACUUAACCGCCAGGGUAACGCUAUGUUCUUUGUUGUAUUCAACCUGUUGGCCACCGUUUUCGUCCUCACGCUGUUCAUCUCAGUCUUCAUGCGCAACUACACUGAGCAGACGGGUGUCGCCUUUCUGACCGCGGAGCAGAGAUCUUGGCUCGAAUUGCGGAAGCUGUUGCGACAAAUUUCUCCGUCUAAAAGCUCCUACAACGAGUCAGAAAAGACGUGGAAGAAGUGGUGCCAUAAGCGGGCCAUCGAAAAAAGGGGUAAAUGGUACACAGCUGUUACCUAUGUCUUGAUCUGCCAUCUGCUGCUGCUUCUCCUCGAAUACCACGGCGAGCCGCAGUGGUGGACAGACUCCCGAGACGGAAUUUUCUUGGCAUUCACCCUCGUCUACAUGGCUAACAUCACAAUCCGCAUCACCGGUCUUGGCUGGGCGCGUUUUCGGAGGAGCUCUUGGGACUUAUACUCGCUGGUGGUCGUCACGGGCGCGUUCGUCUCUACGUCUGUUCUCAUCAUCAGUAGAACCAGCGACACCUAUGUGCAGCUUCACAAGUUUUUCCUUGUCGCCAUCCUUUUGCUGCUCAUUCCCCGCAACGACGCCCUGGAUCAGCUUUUCAAGACAGCCGCGGCUAGUUUGACGACGAUUGGCAAUUUGCUCGCUACCUGGCUCGUCUUUUUUCUCGUAUUUGCCAUCGCCCUGACGCAAGCAUUCAGCCUGACACGCUUCGGCGAGAACGAGGAAGCCAACAUCAACUUCCGCAGCGUGCCCAAUGCACUGAUUCUGCUGUUCCGAAUGAGUUGCGGUGAAGGCUGGAACCAGGUCAUGGAGGACUACGCUACCAUUGAGCCUCCGCUGUGCGUUGACAAUCCCGACUUCUUCGACAGUGACUGCGGCAGCAAGCCCUGGGCUCGCUUCCUGUUCGUUGCGUGGAAUAUCUUGAGCAUGUACAUCUUUGUCAAUCUCUUUGUGUCUCUCAUUUAUGAGAGUUUCAGUUACGUCUACCAACGGUCUAGUGGACUGGCAGCUGUGGACCGUGACGAGAUUCGGCGCUUCAAGGAAGCCUGGCGAAGCGUCGAUCCCGCCGGAACCGGGUUCAUCAGCAAGGAAGCGUUUCCAAGGCUCCUGGGAGAACUUUCCGGGGUCUUCGAGAUGCGCAUCUACGAUGCCGAUGACUCGGUGAGGCAAAUUCUGGAAGAUGUUCGCAACGAUGCCGCAACAUCAGGAGCACGCCACAUGUCCAUUGCUUCUGCGAGCAACUACAGCACCGGCGUUGACAUUCAACGUCUCAACAGACGACUGGCUCAGAUUGACGUUGUCAAGGUCCGCGAGCGCCGUCGACGGUUCAACAUUUUCUUCGAGGAAGUCAUGGUUUCCGCGGAUCCUGAUAAGGGAAUCUCCUUUACUUCCGUUCUCAUGAUCCUAGCUCACUACAACAUCAUCAAUGAUAGCAAGAGUUUGAAGUUAGAAGAGUUCUUGCGAAGACGUGCCAGACUUCAGAGGGUGGAAGAAGAAGUUCGUCGCCGAGUCGUACUUGGCUUCUUUGACACUUUGUAUUGGACACGCAAGUUCAAGAAGCAUGUCGACAUGAGGAAGUCGGCGAGAAUGACGGCUAUCCCCCAACUUGACAUUCCUCAUAUUCUCGUAGACGAUGACGAGCUUCGACGCAAGUCUUCGCCGGUGGCAGGAACCGGCCAGACACGUCUGGCAAGGUCCGGCCCAACAACACCGGGCCACCAAUCAACACAUUCCGCCUUCAGCUUCGAGUUGCAAGAGGGAGGGCAGACUUCGGCCCAGAGCAGUCGGCGGGGCAGUGCUGUCAGUCCAGUACAGAGCCCCGUCAGCCCUGCACAAGUCAACAACAUGCUGGAUGACUCCAUCUGGCUCGAGAGUAUUCGGAGAACUGCAACAGUCCGAAAAUCGGUCCGAAAGUCCGAUUGGGGUAGAUAA